UAUAAAUUUUACAAACAUGGAUGACUUAGAAGGAAGCGAGGUAUGAUUUACACCUGUAAUAGAGUCUUAACCCUUACUUUUCGUAUAGGAAAAUACCGUAAUCAAAAGAACAGCCAUAAGACAGAAAGAAAUUAGCAGUAAAGAACUUAGAGAUGAGGCUAAGCUUGACCAAACCAUAGAGGUCUUCAAGCAAGCUGAGCAAUCAAAACACGACGAGAAUUUGAUCGAAGAAUACUCGGUGCACUCAGUCAACGAAGGAUUUGAAGAUAAUUAAGCAAGAAGAAAAUGACAAGAAUCAACCUCAUCCUGAACAGAUGAACGAUGCUACGUUUGAUAAAAUUGCAGGAGUGCAGGACCAAAGCAGACAAGUUACACCUGAUGUGGGAAGGAUAAAAGCAAAGCUAGUUGGAAAAAUCAUUAAUAUUUCAGAGUAUAAAGUUGAGUUCCAUUUCUGGAUAUUCGUCAAAAUAUUUGUGUAUCAGUUUACCUUCUUCUGCACUGGAAUAUUCACAGCUCUCUUUGUCACAAUUGUUGAGGGCUACCAUUUUGCUGAGAAUAUGUUGUUCAUAGGAUGAAAGAGCAUCUAUGGACCUCUUGAUUACAUCAUGACUGUAUCUUUCAUAUCUUUAGUGGCGGUGUUCUUUUGUUUUGACACUGAAAUUUAUGAGACCCAUGAAAUAAUGUUUCCAAUUAUUACUAUUGCAACAAGAUCAGCUAUUAUUGCAAUAAGGUAUGCAUAUAUGUCUCAAAAAAGAUAUCAUCUCAUGAAACUUCAGCAGACUUUUGAUUGGUUGAAAGUUGACUUAAUUCUAUUGGCUUGGAUGACUAUAUCAUUGGAUGCCCUCAAAGCUGAAACUGAAGCCACCAGACACAGAAUCAAAUACGAACAUGAAGACUUUGUGUUUACUUUUACUGAACAUCUCAGUGAUGAAUGCCAUGAAAUACUCAGCAACUCUUACCAUUACUCUCAAAACAAUCUGCCAAUGGAAGACAUUAUCAAAUCCAAAUAAACAGCAAUUGAAAGCAAUCAAUAAUAGAAAGAAUGGAAGAUUCACUAAAGUUACUGAACUCAAACACAUCAUCAAGAAAGGUAAAGUUGUGUCAAAGAAAACUGUAAAAGUUCAUGAAGAUUGCCCAACUCUAUCGAAAAAGCCAAAUAACAACAAAGACUCGACUCUGAUAGAAGUGAAUGACCAGCAGUUAGAAGAUGUCGACAUUCGCAGUGACAGAGCCAUCACUCCUGCUGCUAAUAGAAAGUACAGUGGUGAAGCUUUGUUCAAAGAAAUCACCAUUCUCAACCAAAUAGAGACUGGCCACUCUUCGGCUUCAUUGGUCAUCACAAUUGGUCGAAUCCUGCUAUACUGAGUGAUCCAAGGCAUCAACUACAACAAGUAUUCCGACUACAAAGUAUCAGACGCUUACAUCUUUGUGAGUCUGAUCUUCAUGAUAUUUACCCUGCACAAGAUCAAUCUGGACUUCAUUGUGUUCGGUCUCGUCGACUUCAAGCGCAAGCUUCAUUUCCAGAAAGUUAUGAACGACUUGCUUGAUCCUCAGCGUGAUAACAAAUCCACUGCCUUCACCAGCUUUAUCCCCAACAUUGAUGUUCUGGAGCCUGACAACUUGCGGGCUUGGCUUGAUCUCCGGAAGUGCACUCUCGACUUCGGAACCAAGUACACCCUUAGAGUGUUCAUGUACACUUCUAUGUUCAUCGUGCUGUACGGAGCUCUGGCGCUGUACAUGACUCUGAACUUCGCCGGAGUGUUGUCUAACAGAAUCAGCUUGUCUGCCAUUUUACUUGGCUACUACGACUUAUUCGCAAUCUGUGGAGUGCUAGCGUACAUGGUCAAGAUUGGAGCAGAUGUGAACUCAUACUUUGGUAUCCACAAGUCAACUCUGCUGCAGCUGAAGUCGAACUUCAUUAAAGUGAAAUGGAACUUCGACAAACUCAGUCACAGACGCAAGUUCAACUCGAAGUCACUGGAGUCGUUGGUGCAGGGAUUCACAAAACUCAACAUGGAUACAACUGACAGAAUUGAGCGAUGCGACCAAUGAAUUGAAGCGAUAGAGUAUAAUAUCGAAAUGCUUGACCACGAUAGUGAGCACUCCUCUCUAAGAAUACUUGGGAUAAAGUGAUCCUAUGAACUGAUGAACUCAAUUUACACUGGAAUAAUAUCUGUAGGAUUUGCAGCAGGCCAGUAUUUCUACAACAAUAACAUUCUUCAAUAA